AUGUUAUCUAGGCUUGCUUUAAGGUCUACCAUUAGAUCAGGGACUAUAUUACAAUCAAGUCGUUUGUUUAGUGUUUCUACUGGAAGAUCACAAGAACAACAACCCCAAAAAUCGACCAAUAAUGAACCAGCUGCCAAACCAAAGAAAAGACCAUUGAGUAGAGUCGCUAUUGGUGGUUCUUCAGACCACAAUAAAAAAGGUUUUGGAAUGUCAGUCGAGUUUGCUACAUGGAAAGCUGUCCUCCUUUUGUUGACAGUAGGUGGAUUAGGUGCAUAUUACUUUCAAAAAGAAAAGGAGAGAUUACACAAAAGACGAGAAAUGGAAGCUAACAAGUCCAUUGGUACUCCAUUGAUUGGUGGUCCAUUUACGUUGCAAGAUACCAAGGGUAAUAAAUUUACGGAGCAAAACUUGGUUGACCCUAACAACAAAAGAUUUUCUAUUUUGUAUUUUGGAUUCACUCAUUGUCCAGAUGUAUGUCCUGAAGAAUUGGAUAAAUUGGGGGAUAUGUUGGACAAAUUGGCCAAAGAUGGUAUUCCUAUACAACCAGUAUUUAUCACAUGUGAUCCUGCUAGAGAUACCCCUGAAGUUCUUGAUGCGUACUUAAAGGACUUCCAUCCAGGUAUAAUUGGGUUGACAGGUACAUUUGAACAAGUCAAGAAUACAUGUAAAAAAUUCAGAGUGUAUUUCUCAACACCACCGGAUGUCAAACCAGGUCAAGAUUACUUGGUCGACCAUCUGAUUUUCUUUUAUUUGAUUGAUCCCGAAGGUAAUUUUGUUGAUGUUAUUGGCAGAGAAUCCGAAGCUCUUGAGAGUGCAACAAAAAUUGCCAAAUAUUCGGAUGCUUUCAUUCCAGAGAAGGAGAGAGUACAGAAGAAGGAGGGGAUCUUUGGAUUCCUUUAUAAAUAG